CUGGGAACAACAGUCAAGAUCAGCAGCUCUUAAAACUGAGAGUAAAGAUUCACAUGCAGCAAGGCCCCUAAUCCAGAGAGUGAAACAUGGGCUCUACCCAGAAAAGCUCCAUGUCUCAGACAGCCAAGAUGACUAAAGCCUCGCUUAAAGUUUCUGCUCCUAUGCAGCGAGGGCCUGAGGUCAAUCAUAGUGUGAGUCCCCAUCGAGGCCCUUCUGCCAGUCAGAGAGGUGCAGAUUUGUCCCGGAGUGUUUCCCCCCAACGCGGAAUGGAAAGCCGUCAAACCUCCCAAAGAGGGGUAGAUACCCCUCAAUCUGCUUCCCCCCAGUAUGGGCUUGAUUUCUCCCGAAUUUCCUCCUCCCAAGGGAACGAAUCUAUUUCUCACAGCCAAGGCCAUUUAAAGGCUGAAGCAACCCAUCACGGCUCACCUCAAUACAAACAUGAACACGGCUCAGUUCCUCAUGGGAACUUGCUUGCCCCGUCAGGGAGAGCACAGAUGAAAUAUGAUGGUACUUCUUAUGGUGGCACACACAGGACCCAAAGUCCACCAACACAGGAUCAAACACAUAAAAAUGUGGCUGCCCCAGGGCAAGAGAGCCAUCGGAACAUACUUCCCUCAGAUGCCAAAAUCACUUCCCGGGCACUGUACUCAAAUCCGAAGGAAUCAACUACAGUACCGAGCUCUCAAUGGGAUGUGGAACCACCGCCCUCCAAGGUUACAAACCCCCAAGGGGUCCGAAGCCCUCGAAGGUGUUUAAUUAACCCAAAGGAUGAAUCCACCCAGACUGAUUUCAAAAAGAAUUUGGUCUAUUCUGAGGGUAAAUCUGUCUUGAGGAAACCACCCUCCUCAGAUCCAACCCAUACUGCUCUGGAGACCAAACCAACCCAAAGAACCAUGUCUGUGCAAGAAUCUCAGGCAGGUCCCCGAAGCACAGUCCAUGCAGAAACUAAGGGAUCCCACAGAAACUUGGGGUCUUUAGAAGUAGAGUCAGCUGUUAAGGUUUCAUUCCGUAAGGAUCCUGAUCACCCCCAAAAAGUUGCAGGCCGAUCAGAAGUUGAGACAGUCCAAAGACAGGUUCCAUCCCCUACUAGGGUUGCAAUGGCCCAGGAGGCAGAGGCAGCUAUUAAGAGCUCUGCUCGUUCAGGGCGUGAGUCACGCCGGGUCACCAUCUUAACAGAGUCAGAUGCGUCUUCUCCAAGUCCUUGCCAGCAACCAAGUGAACCUUCCCACAAACCUCCAAUUUUAAGUUCUUCCUUUAAGCCACCAUCUUCUGAAGCCUCAGUGAAGGUUGCUACUGUUACAGAGCCAGAAUUGAUCCCUCGUCCUUUACCACCUAGGUCCUUACCAAAGUAUGAUCCUGAGUCUUCAUGGUGGAUCUUAUUCCACCCAGAACCUCCUGAACCUCCAAAGUGUGAGACAGUCUUAACACAGUCAGAACAUAGGCCAACUCACUUGGAUCUUUUCAUGUCCCAGAUAGGGAUAGCCUCAGCUUACUGUGAAGAGUUAAUCAUACAGAGUGAGAAGGCAACUUCUCCUGAACCGCAAUCUCCAAGGACAAUGCCAUCAUGUGAUUUGCUGAAGUCUACGUGGCAGCCCUUGGAAUCAUCUGAGUCCGUGGAGGAUGGAACCAUUCAAAGGUUUAGUGCUUUCUUCCUGGAUGUUACUGAUGAGAUGCUUAAUCGGGUCAUCUGGUGGUUGAAAGAUGAUGAGAUUAAGCGAUUCCUAGAGGACACGGAGGAAGCAGAGCUGGCUGUGUUUGUAAAAGAGUUCCCUGGGGGUGAUGUCCCCCAUCCUGAGUCAAUGGGCCCUUCCCAACUAUGCCUCCCUGCUAUCCUGGAUCCCUAUGAAGAGUCUGAGACCAAGGAAUCCAGGAGCUCCUCUCGGAUCCAGCCAGAAACUCAGGCUCACCUCUGCAUCUCUUCUUCAAGCGUGCUCAGCAUCUCAAGCAGGCCUCGAAGCCCUUGGGGCAGGCUGGACCCUUAUGACUCCUGUGAGGAUGAUAAGGAGUAUGUGGGAUUUGCCACUCUCCCCAACCAGGUUCAUCGAAAGUCUAUGAAAAAGGGCUUUGACUUCACCCUCAUGGUGGCAGGAGAGUCCGGGCUGGGCAAAUCCACCCUUAUCAACAGCCUCUUCCUCACUGACAUGUACCGGGACCGAAGAUUAUUGAAUUCUGAAGAACGGAUCAUGCAAACAGUGGAGAUCACUAAACAUACCAUGGACAUCGAGGAGAAAGGUGUCAAGCUGAAGCUCACGGUCGUGGACACACCGGGUUUUGGAGAUGCUGUGAACAACACUGAGUGUUGGAAGCCAGUGGCAGAUUACAUUGACCAGCAGUUUGAACAGUAUUUCCGGGAUGAAAGCGGCCUCAACCGUAAGAACAUUCAGGAUAACAGGGUGCACUGCUGCCUCUACUUCAUUUCUCCCUUUGGCCAUGGGCUCCGACCCUUAGAUGUGGAGUUCAUGAGGGCCCUGCAUCAUCGAGUCAACAUUGUGCCCAUCCUGGCCAAGGCUGACACGCUGACGCCCAAUGAAGUAGAGCACAAGAAACGAAAGAUUCGAGAGGAAAUUGAGCACUUUGGAAUCCAGAUCUAUCAAUUCCCAGCCUGUGACUCCGAUGAAGAUGAGGAAUUCAAAUUACAGGACCAGGCCUUGAAGGACAGUAUCCCUUUUGCUGUCAUUGGCAGCAACACUGUGGUGGAGGCCAAAGGACGGCGUGUUCGGGGACGGCUCUAUCCCUGGGGUAUUGUAGAAGUGGAAAAUCCGGGGCACUGCGACUUUGUGAAGCUGAGGACCAUGCUGGUACGCACUCAUAUGCAGGAUCUUAAGGAUGUGACAAGGGAAAUACAUUAUGAGAACUAUCGGGCACAAUGCAUCCAGAGCAUGACUCGAAUGGUGGUGAAGGAAAGAAAUCGCAACAAGCUGACUCGAGAGAAUAUUUCUGACUUCGCCAUCCCAGCAGCAUUCUUGUCUGGGAUUGACAUAGAGACUGAGAAGAUGCUCCGGGAGAAAGAUGAGGAGUUGCGAAGGAUGCAGGAGAUGCUGUAUAAAAUUCAGAGACAGAAGAAGGAGAAGAACUAGUUAGUUCCCUUGCCUUGGAUGUAUGUCUCCUCCUCUUUCUCCUGGCCCUUCCCAGCUCUUGAUCUGCUCUGGCCCCUCAAGCUACUGCCACUUCGCCUUAUGUCCCUGCUGCCUCCCUAGAGACUCAAAAGAAAUAAAGUCUAACAAAUCGGAAUCUGA